AAUCCCCACCAAGUUCAGUACAGCCUCCAAAGGAAAAGCAAAAUGGCUAUCAGGAAACCAAACAAAUUGCCUCAAGCAGCAGUGAUCAAGCAAAUCCUGAAAAGAUGCUCCAGCUUAGGAAAGAAACAAAGCUACGAUGAACAAGGACUCCCCGUUGAUGUCCCCAAAGGCCAUUUCGUUGUAUAUGUCGGCGAAAACAGGAGCAGAUACAUCGUUCCCAUCUCUUUCUUGACCCGACCCGAGUUCCAGACCUUGCUCCAUCAAGCUGAAGAAGAGUUUGGUUUCGAUCACGACAAGGGCCUCACCAUUCCUUGUGAAGAAGUUGUUUUCCGCUCUCUAACAUCGAUGCUCAGAUGUAAAACACGAACUGAGAAAAGCUACCAUUGUUGAAGGAUAUAACUAUAAGGCUGGUUAAUGGAGAAGACGAUUAAGGUGAAGCUGCUUCAUUGCUUCUCUUAGAUUUUUCUCUGACCCCAAAAACCCAGGAAUAUUAAUUAUUUUAUGUCUGGGAUAUAGGUUUGUAAGUCAACACCGAUGUAG